GGUAUAUAUUCCGUACAAUGACGAGGUAUGUUCGGACACAGUCAAUGGAAGGUACGCAGGCCGAUCCGGUGGGGGAAUGGAGCUCACCGGGAGGUGAAACGGGGCUCGAAGAGCCUAUGUGGCAGUUGGGGUUGGGUACUGGAGCUGAAUCAUACCCUGAACGGCCCGACGAGGCCGAUUGUAUCUAUUAUUUGAGGACUGGGUUUUGUGGGUAUGGUGCAAGGUGUCGGUUCAAUCAUCCCCGGAACCGUACUGCGGCUGUGGGAUCUAUGAGGGCUACUGGAGGGGAGUUGCCCGAACGAGUGGGCCAACCUGUGUGCCAGUACUUUAUGAGGACGGGAAUGUGUAAAUUUGGUGCUUCCUGCAAAUAUGACCAUCCAAGACAAGGAGCUGGAUCUAUAAACCCAGUGGCACUAAAUAUUUCUGGAUACCCAUUGCGACUGGGCGAAAAAGAGUGUUCAUACUACGUAAAAACGGGGCAGUGCAAGUUUGGUGCAACGUGUAAAUUUCAUCAUCCACAGCCAGCUGGCAUACAAGUGCCGGCACCUGCAGCUGGACCUUUGCCUGCACCAGCACUUUAUCCACCAAUGCAGUCUCAUUCUGUUCCAUCUUCUCAACAGUAUGGGGUGAUGACUGGCAACUGGCCCGUUGCGAGGCAUACUAUGCUUCAAGGAUCUUAUGUCCCUGGCACUUAUAGUCCGGUGCUGCUCUCCCCAGGGAUGGUUCCCUUUGCGGGUUGGAGUCCUUACACGGCACCUGUUAGUCCAUUAGCCUCUCCUAGUACUCAGCCAACCAUUGGAGCAGGCCAGAUGUAUGGGAUAACACAACUAUCUCCUUCGGCACCCGCCUAUUCAGGACCUUAUCUAUCCAUACCUUCUAUUGCUGGUCCUUCAAGCCGUAGCCAGAAGGAACAGUCAUUUCCUGAAAGACCUGGCCAACCUGAAUGUCAAUAUUACAUGAGAACGGGGGAUUGUAAAUUUGGAUCUUCAUGUAGAUAUCAUCAUCCACCAGAAUGGAGUGCACCGAAACCAAAUUUUGUCCUUAGCCCCAUGGGUCUUCCUCUACGUCCGGUAAGCUUCUCAUCAUAUACAUAUUGA